AUGGCCAGGACUGCUGCGACCUUCCGGCCCAUCUUCUUUCUCUUGGUCGGAGAUCCAUAUGGGUGCAACGUUCAGCACAUCCGCCGCAGGCUCUGUCUUCGCCGUCUCACUGAUUUUUUGAACCUCGGUUUCGCCGUAAUUUGCAAGUCUGCCCUUUUCUCUUUUGUCCAGCAGCUUCUUUGGCACGCGAUCUCAGCCAUCCCCAGGCCACGAACAGGAUGA